AAAGUUUAACUCAAAAGCACUGACACUGAGUAGUGAGUUUUGUAAGCAAAAGGAACAUCCUUUUCGCUUUAAUUUCAACUCUGCCACUCCGCUCCUCACGCUCCCAUCAUCAAAACUCAACCUUUGUUACACUUCACACAAUUCAAGUUCAAGAUCUCAUCUCGACCAACAAAAAAGAUUCUUACUCCAACGCUGUUCUUGAUAUCAUUAUUAUUAUUAUUAUUAUUACUUGUUUCUCUUAUUAUUGUAGUGUUACAAACAAACUCCUUUUUUCACUCCCAAUCAGUAAUCAGGAUCCUCCAGUGUUCAAUCAUUGAAAAUAACCAACUUCCUCUCUACACCUUUUACUUCGUUCUGUGUGAGUUGAAAAUCCGUGCUUACUUUUUUUCUUUUUGGGUUUAUGGUUUACGUUACAUGAAUCAUGGAAAAUGUUUCUUCUAAAUUACAAUUUCAUUAUAACGCGUGUUUCACCUGCUCCAUUGCGUGUCUCGAGGUGAAGGGGUUCAAUUUCAACCUAUAGUGGGUGUCUAGAAGCUUCGUUUCGUUGAUCGUUGUUUCUCAUGAGUCAGUUAGAUUGACUUUUAUCUGAUAGGAGUCGGAAAAAAAAGGAAAAGAACAGAUCUUUGAGUAGUACUAGGUUGCAGUGAUAGCUUCUAUAACUUUCAUAAUCGUGUCUUACAUAAGGUCUUUUAUUUUAGGGGCUGUGUUUCAUUUCAUGUUCUUGGGUAGUGAUAAUGCCUGUUCCCAACGGCGAAGAGCGAGUUCUGUUUGCUUCGGAAAAUGCAAGUGAGGUUUCAAAGUCACCCUCGUUGGAUUUGAACCCAGAUUCAGAUUCAGUUGAUGGGUCCCCACCUGUUUCCACCGUUUACACUGAUGUGGGUGUCGUGCCAGAACACCAAAAGAACGAGCUUGAGCACUUUAUAUCCAAUUUAGAAAGAGAAAUAGAGGAGUUGAGGGUCAACCAGAAGAAAUUGGAUAAAAAGCGUAGAGAAGCACUGAGCAAGAUAUUGGACAUCAAAGGGAGCAUUCGAGUAUUUUGUAGAAUUCGACCAAAUCUGGUAACGGAGAAGAGAAGAAUUGCUGAACCGGUAUCAGCUGGACCAGAAAAAAUUCGGGUUAAGUGGGGAGGAACAAAGAAAGAUUUUGAGUUUGAUAAAGUUUUUACUCAAGAAACAAGCCAAGAAAGUGUUUUUGUUGAGGUUGAGCCAAUUCUGAGAUCUGCAAUGGACGGGCACAAUGUAUGUGUGUUUGCUUACGGUCAAACAGGCACAGGCAAGACAUUCACCAUGGAUGGUACAAACGAGCAACCUGGGAUUAUUCCGCGUGCUCUUGAAGAGCUCUUUCAUCAAGCCUCUUUGGAUAGCUCAUCUCCUUUCACCUUUUCGAUGAGCAUGUUAGAAGUUUAUAUGGGCAAUCUCAGGGAUUUGCUAGCUCCAAAACCGUCUGGUAGACCACAUGAACAACCUAUGACGAAGUGCAAUCUCAAUAUCCAAACCGAUCCAAAGGGGUUGAUUGAAAUUGAGGGUCUCUCUGAAGUUCAAAUAAGUGAUUAUGCUAAAGCGAAAUGGUGGUACAACAAGGGUAGAAGGUUCAGAUCCACCUCGUGGACUAAUGUGAAUGAAGCAUCAAGCAGGUCACACUGCUUAACGAGGAUAAGCAUAUUUCGACGUGGGGAUGCUUUGGAAGCUAAAAGUGAAGUAAGCAAACUGUGGAUGGUUGAUCUUGGUGGCAGCGAACGGUUGCUUAAAACUGGAGCCAAAGGACUGACACUGGAUGAGGGCAGAGCCAUUAAUCUUUCUCUUUCAGCUUUAGCUGAUGUUGUUGCAGCUUUGAAAAGGAAGAGGGGCCAUGUGCCUUACAGGAAUAGCAAGCUGACUCAAUUACUCAAAGAUUCUCUUGGGUAUGGCUCAAAGGUUUUGAUGCUCGUGCAUAUAAGCCCAUCUGAAGAAGAUGUCUGUGAGACAAUUUGCUCCUUGAACUUUGCAAAGAGAGCGAGAGCAAUAGAGUCCAACAAAGAAGUGUCCGUGGAAGUGAAGAAGCAAAGGGAGAAGAAGAUUAUGGAGCUAGAGGAAGACAUCAAGGAAGCUGAAAAACAACGGCAGAAUUUAAGGGAACAAACAGAGAAGAUUGAGUUGAAGUUAAAUGAUAGUAAAAAGCUCAUAUCAAUGACAGAUAGUCCUGUGGAAAGUGAUGACAUGAAAGCCUCAAUUAGUCCCCAAGAUGAUGUGAAAGAGGUGAUUGAAACUCCCAAAGCAUCUAAGAAGCCCAUCAAAAGAAACUUCUCCAACUCAAUGCCUCGAUUCAUGACUUCAACAGUGGCAAGUCGCCAAAGGCAAAGUGCUGCAGAGCGAGACAUUGGCACUGUGAAAUUGAAAAGCCAUAGAUCAACAAUGGUGUCGAGAAGUUCCAUCCAUUUUUCGUAUUCCCAAUCGUUGAGUUAUUCAGAUAUCCGCAUCAAAGCAUUGCUGCGAAGUUCAAAUGGAAAAUCUCGGCAUGCUGAAGCAGAUAGUGUUCCAAUUCCGGAGCCUGUUCUCACAGAAAGGCCUAAAUGCAAUGAUUUGGAAUCAAAAGUCACAACCCCUCGAAGCAGGAUGGUUACAUCUUCAGACCAAAGCUUGAGAUUUUCGCUGGGUCGUCACAGAAGAAGGAUGUCUGAUCUGAUCUGAUCUGAUCUCAAGGUUGCAGCUUUUUUGAAGGGAUUGCAUGUUUAACAUUUUGCAAUUUAUAUUUGUGUAUAACAAAUAGUAGCGAGUGGUAUACUAAUAGGUGUGUUUGGUUGGUGUUUUCUGGGUUGGGAUCUGUUAAUUACUUCAUUAACAUGAUCUUUCUCUGUUUUCAAGCUUGUUGUGUAACUAUUUGUUAAGACUAACUCACUGAAGUUUGACAUUAUGACCUUUUAAAUGUAGAUAUAGGAAGAAAGUAAGCAGAGUGUUGAAGAAAAUUGUC